AAAUGUCACCACGAUGAUAACCGGUCAUCGUUGUGCGCUUCGUUACACUUCGGAAACCCAUCUGGCCCCCAUCCUGCCCGGCACCUCCAAAUGGGUCAAACUGAAACGUUUUAUCCGGACGCUGCUGCUGGUAUCACCGAACCAUCCGGAAACGAAGAAAUAUCUCAAAAGUUUCGCCCAAAUCUCCAACGAAAACAAACGCCAGGUCGGAAGCUACCCACCUUACAUAAUCCAUCCGUUCAGCACCUUCCGGAAGUACUGGCACAUGGUGGUGUUCAUGGCGCUUACCCUGCACCUCCUAACCCUGGCCUUUGACUUUACCUUCCUGAUCUUCCACGAUGAAACCUACUACAGCGGAGCGAUCCGGUUUGACCUGUUUCUCUGUGGAAUUCUGGCGAUCGAAAUUGGUCUCAAGUUCAUCACCGGAUAUGUGGUCCCCGGCACGAACGAGAUUGUGCUGGACCCGCGACGGAUUGCUCUGAAUUAUUUGCGGUAUUGUCGGAUGGUGUACGAGUUGCAGCGGGUUUUGCCGUACAUUCUGCUGCUGGAUUACUUUGACCGGGCUUACUACCAGUACCGGGUGGAGUCCUAUCUUGCCUUCAUCAUCUAUUUGUACGCGGCGCACAUCUUUCGGUUUCAUGAAAUUUACGAUUAUUUUAAGAUCAUCCCCCGUUCGCUCGCCCUUGGCGCCCGAACCGUCCUCAUCAUCAAACUGAUCAUGAACACCCUGUACGUGCUGCACUGGAGUGCCUGCCUGCGGUACAUCCUGCCCGAGCUAGCCUUCAGCCUGCAACGGAACAGCGCGGACGUUCUGAACCUGGUCACGAUGCGCUUCAACGUGGCACACCCAAAUGUGAACCAAUUUCUGACGGACAUUUACUGGCGCCACUAUCGCAACCAGAACAACGUUAGCUAUCCAACGGAUGAACCAAGGAUUGUGAUUGAUCCACCGGUGUACGAUGAGUACAAGAAGUUUUACACGGUCAACAGACCGGUGGAGCAGAAGAUCUUUGAUCGCACCUUUAUGCUGAUUAAGCUGGACGAGAUAAGGAAGAAUGCAACGAUUGGGGACAAGUAUUUGGCCAGCAUGAUGAAUACGGUGAAGAUCAGUUUGCUGGCGGGACGGGACAACUGCGCGGGGAUUCACUUUACGAACAACAUCUUGACGACGUUUUUGGUGCUUGGGGGUUGGAUUUGGUUCACGUACAUAAUGCUGAUCAUGAUCCGAUCGAUUCAGUCCUCGGAGCAGAGUCAGACAAAGUACGAGGAGGUGGUGAACGAGUUUCGGGCGUACGGAUUCAACAAGCGGUUGAGCAAAUCGUUGAAGCAUCGGAUGUUGAAGCACCUGGAGUGUCGGUACAGGAAGCGGUACUUCAACGAGAGUACCAUCAUGCGGAUGAUGUCGGACAACCUGCGACGGAGCGUCCGAAUGGAGGCGUGCUAUCAUCUGCUGCGGUACGUCGACAUGUUCAAGGGAUUCCCGCCGACGCUGAUCGAGGACAUUGUGGACAGCUUCACGUACGAAAUAUACCUGGAGAAUGACGUGUUGAUCGAGGCCGGAACUCGCGGGGACUCGAUGUACUUCCUGGCUAGUGGAACGGCUGCGGUGUACUCUUCGAGUGGUACUGAGCUGGGACGGUUAAUCGAUGGGUCUCACUUUGGAGAGGUGUCGAUUCUGGGGAAAGGACACGUCCGAACAGCAACCAUCAUAGCUAUGGAAGAUUGUGAAGUAUACCGGCUGUCAGCUGAAGUCUUCCAAAAGCUUAUCGAGCCGUAUUCGCACCUCUUGGUUGAAAUGCACAAACUUGCCGAUGCCAAGAUUGCCAGGGUAACAAAGAACAAGCAGAAGCUGUCCGAGGAAGAGUUGUACGAUAAUUUUCUACAAUAAAUUGUGUCCCUCAUUGUGUUGCAUAUUCCUUUGUACAGACUUAAACGCCCAAGAAAUGAA